UUCUUAUGACUUAUGACGAACGUCUUGCGUACGUCGGCGUGCGAGUGGUCGUGUCAAAAUUUUUUGUUGCGCUAGUUGCGCAGUUCGGGAAUAAACGGUGCGAAGGUUCGGUAGGUCUUUCGCGUUUGCUUCGUCAUCAGCUGUAAGGGCGUAUCUGAAUUAAGAACAUUAGCCCGCUGGGCUGUCUCAGCCCAGAAGAGCGAAGAAAUGUCAAUACGGACGGUGGUCUAUCGUCUUGUGCAAAAUGGUCGUGGUAUAUUGCGCACAUUACGAAACAACGAGCACUUCUAUUCAAAGGGAUACGCGGAUAAACAGCUCGACAAGAUACACGUUUCCCAGAGAGGCCAAUCCCAGAGCAGUAACCUUCCUUGCCCGAAUAGCGGCAAUGUAUGGAGUACUGGAAGGCAUCUUGGCUACUUAGGAGCGCACGCUCGACGCAUCUUUGUUGAGAACAUCUUGAAAAGAGUGACCAACAGUCUCGCGGCAGAUUUGAGAAGACGAGCGGCAACCAGACUUGUUUUUGGUGAUUCUGCGCCAUUCUUUGCUCUUGUCGGUGUGUCGUUAGCAUCAGGUACUGGGAUAUUGACUAAAGAUGAUGAGCUGGAAGGUGUCUGUUGGGAAAUACGGGAAUCAGCUUCAAAGUUGCAGUGGAACAUGCCGCAAAAUGACAAGAAUUACGAAACUAUUGCGCUCGACGAGAAUACUAUGACUCUACGAAAUUUUGUAAUCGGACCUAUUAUUGCUAAAGGUUGUUCGGCUGUUGUUUACGCGGCACGACUUGCCGAUGUGAAUACCGAUCGGGACGAAAGCGACGAUUCUCAGAACGAAAAUAACGAUUCGAUAAACAUCGAUUUCAAAACAAAGGAUAUGAGUGCGUUUCCGUUAGCCCUAAAAAUGAUGUUUAAUUACGAUGCCGAGUCUAACGCUGCUGCUAUUCUGAGAGCCAUGUACAAGGAAACAGUGCCCGCCAGAAAACACGGAAGCAACGAGUUCGCUUCCUGGGAUCGUAAGCUGGCGGAAAUGAAAAUGACGCUGCCACCGCAUCCGAAUGUUGUAGCGAUGUAUUACGUCUUCGCCGAUCGAAUACCAGCGCUGCCUGAUUCGUUGGGAAUAUAUCCUGACGCUUUACCAGUCAGAAUCAAUCCCGAGGGAUCAGGCAGGAAUAUGAGCCUGUUUCUAGUGAUGAAAAGGUAUGACGUCACGUUGAAACACUAUUUGGCGAGUCAAAACAUCAAUACCCGAGUAUCGAUAUUGCUGCUCGCCCAGCUUCUCGAAGCUGUAGUUCACAUGAACGCAAACGGCAUAGCGCAUCGAGAUCUGAAGAGCGAUAACAUCCUGCUUGACUUAUCGGAAGAGACUGACAACUGUCCGUCCUUGGUUGUGACGGACUUCGGUUGUUGUCUGGCUGAUAAAAGAUACGGACUUUAUCUACCUUACAACACUCACGACGUCGAUAAAGGUGGGAAUGUCGCACUGAUGGCGCCGGAAGUGAUCACGGCGGAACCCGGACCGUUUACCAACAUCAACUAUACCAAAGCCGAUCUCUGGACUGUGGGCACUAUAGCGUACGAGAUAUUCGGAAUGCAAAAUCCGUUUCAAGGAAAAAUGGGUGAAAAAGCUGCUCUAAGCAGUCGUGAUUAUACCGAAGACGCGCUUCCCGCGCUACCAAGCGACGUGCCGCCGAUCAUUAACGCUGUUAUUAAGAACACAUUGGCCAGAAGUUUGUACAAGCGGCUCGACAGUGAACUAGCGGCGACUAUAGUUCAACUAUAUUUGUGGGCGCCUAGUUUUUGGCUUAAAAGCGAGGGGCAGUUACCAUCGAGCAACGAGAUCAUGCAAUGGCUCUUAUGCCUGACCACGAAAGUUCUUUGCGAGGGACGAAGUGCGAAUUUGGUCCUGUUGCAAGAACCGGUCGUCAGUACGGACCGUGAUAUCGAGGAGAGACGUAACGAGUACAAGAGAACGCUUUCAACGCGUUCUUGCGGAAGACGCACAAUGCCGGAGUAUCAGUUAAUUGCGAGUUUUCUGAGCAGAGUAACGCUGGCAAGUAUUAGGACCGCCCUAAAGUGGAUACAUCGAAACGUGUAAUCGAAGAAGAGAAGGGUAGUAUAAACAAUAAUCGUUAUACUUACACAAAAAAAGACGCAGCCAAAAUGCUUUGCAGAAAGUUUACGGAAAAAUUCAAUCAUCCCCACGGUAUAUUGCGUAUCAAUUUUCGAAAUUGCUUUUUUUCUUUAGCAUUUCGAUUACUUUGGAUAUAUAUUUCCCCAUGGUUACUUUUUCUAUAAUUGUUCCUCUUGAGACGACUUUCAUUGUUAUUUUCAUAUACAAUUUCCAGUAUUUGAUUUUGAUACUUGAAGAAGCACAAAAGGGCAAUUUUUUGAAAAGCGGGUAAUAUUCGCUACAAAUGUCGCACGAUUUGAGACGAUCGAUUUUCGAAGUGUCGUCGUGCGAGCUCUUUUGUGAUUCUAGUGCCUUGCAAUAAUGAGGAAUACAGAAAGUAAUUGUAAAUUGUUUUAUUUGUACGAAUAUUUACUCCCUUUUUGUGUACUGUUUUAUUUGUUCGGCGCAUGUUCGUUGGUAUACAUAUUUAACAAUAAAAAUAUACGAAGAAAACUUGUGCAAAAAUAUUGCAACUCACUGAACACUGAGAACACUGAAAACUGAGAUGUGUAUGUUGAAUAUAAAAAAUUAUAAAUUUUAAUCGUUAAAUUUAGGCUGUGUUACAAAUAGGGCCAAACUUCAAUAAGUUAAAAUACGUUAUUACAUGAUGUUAGCUAAAAAUUAAGAAAAAGUGUACGAAAAAAAAUAUAUUUUAAAUUUAUCUCCCUUA